GUCAUUAAUGUCAGUCUGUGUCUGUGCGUCAGUUUGAGUUUGAUCGAAAAAUGCUAUGAUUUUUCAUUGUUUGAGUUUGAUACAAAUAAUUUCGACUCUUUACAUAAAUAAUUACAAUUGUUUGAUUACUAGUUGCUGAUCUUAUCUCGAUUUUGAAUAUUAAUUUGGUCAUUCAUUCUCAAUAUUUAGGUACACUAAUUGUAUUAGAUUGCAAUUGAAAACUAUGGCUUUAGCACUUCAAAGGCGAGCAAAUGUGCGUCUUCCACCCGAAGUAAAUAGAAUUUUAUAUGUGAGAAACUUGCCAUAUAAAAUAUCAGCCGAGGAAAUGUAUGACAUAUUUGGAAAAUAUGGAGCCAUUCGCCAAAUACGCGUGGGUAAUACACCAGAAACGCGAGGAACAGCAUUUAUUGUAUAUGAGGACAUAUUUGAUGCCAAAAAUGCCUGUGAUCAUUUAUCUGGAUUUAACGUUUGUAACAGAUAUUUAGUUGUUCUGUAUUACAGAUCUAACAAAGCAUUUAAAGGUAUGGAUGUUGAAAAGAAACAAGAAGAAAUUGAUGCACUCAAAAAGAAAUAUGGAAUAUCUACAGAAGAACUGCGAAAGUGAAAUAUCUCCA